AUGGCGACCAGGGCGCUAUCCGUUUCCUCGCUCGCCUCCACGGCCCUCGCAUCCUUGCCGCGGCCCCGCAGGCCCUCACCUUCGCCUCCGCUCCUCCGCCUUCUCGGUCCUCGCUUCCGCGCCUCCUCUCUCUCCACCGCCGCCGCCGCCGCUCCCGACGACGAGGACGGCGUCGACACCGUGGAGCAGCUUCUGCACCCGCGCCCGCCCGCCGGAUCCCGAGGCCGUAUCGACCGGCUCAUGAAGCUCCAGCGCCGCGCCGACGGCGACGCCGUGCCCGGGCCGGCGGGGCCCGGGGGCCGGAGGAGGUGGUUCCCGUACCUGGACGCGUUCCGGCCCGCGGCCGGGGGGCGCGGAGCUGUCCAGCGGGGAGGUCAUCGAGGUGCUGGAGCCGCACAUCCUCGAGGCGCGGCGGGACCGGAUUCGGCGAGCCGUUGGCAACCGGAGCUACGCCGUUUGCCUUGUGGUGGAAGGCCUCUCCGACUUCGGCAACGUCUCGGCCGCGUUCCGCUCCGCCGACGCGCUCGGUAUAGAGACAACAGGCAUGUGAGCAUGGGUGCUGAGAAGUGGCUUGACAUUGAGAUAUGGAACUCACCUGCAGAAUGUUUCAGUGCAUUAAAAAAGCGUGGUUAUCGCAUUGCAACCACUUAUUUGGGAACUGAUUCGGUUUGUGUCUAUGACAUGGAUUGGUCUCAACCAACGGCUAUUGUUGUGGGAAAUGAGCUUAGGGGUAUAAGUGAUGAUGCUCUAGAGCUAUCAGAUUUGCACUGUAGCGUUCCAAUGAAAGGCAUGGUGGAUUCGUUUAAUGUAUCUGUUGCAGCUGGAAUCCUCAUGCACCAUGCUGUUUGUGAUAGAGUUUCCCGCCUGGGCCAUCACGGUGAUCUCUUACCUGAAGAAAAUAGAAUAUUGAUUGCUGAGUUCUAUCUGCGACAUAGAGAAAGCACGGCUACUAUAGUUCAUGAAUAUGCCAAAAGGAAGGCAGAAAAUUUUAUGGCCAGACUUUGA